UGUGUGCCCCUGACCUGCUGUCUUGUCCCUGCAGCCCCGGGCCUGCGCCUGGCAGGUGGGCGCAGCCGCUGCGAGGGCCGCGUGGAGGUCCUGCACCAGGGCGUGUGGGGCACCGUGUGCGACGACCACUGGAACAUCCGCAACGCACGCGUCGUGUGCCGCCUCCUGGGCUGCGGUCGCGCGCUCAGCGCCCCGGGGCGCUGCCCCUUCGGCCCAGGCUCAGGGCCCAUCCUGCUGGACGACGUGCGCUGCGCUGGCACCGAGGACGCGCUGGGGAGCUGCGCCCAUGCUGGCUGGGGUCGCCACAACUGCCGACACCGCGAGGACGCGGGCGUGCUGUGCGCAGGUCCGGCUGACUCUGUGGUACCCAAGGGCAAUGCCCAGCUCUCCUGCUUGCCUCACCUCUUCCAAGUCACCAUUGACCGAGGCUAUCUCCGGAGGCUGGGCUACUCCUCCUGGGACAUCCACUUAAAUGAUGAGCUGUGUCGCCCCCAAGUUAGGGGGCGAUACCUGAUCUUCAGCAUUCCCUAUGGCCGCUGUGGAACCGUCAGACAGGAAAGCAUCAGCUCCCGCAGCUACUCCAACUCCAUCAGCGGCCGCAUUCAGGGCCACCCUGGCCGAGUCAUCGUGCGGCACAAGGUGCCUCAGCUGAAGUUUACCUGCAGGGUGGACGGCUCAUCAGCAGUUGAAAUUGUUCCCGGGGCUGAUGUCCCACGGGAGGGUACCAGCUAUGAUGUAUCCAUAUCGUUCCUCGAGUCACCCGUGGCCCAGCAUGUGGGACACAGGGGGCCACCCUAUGCCAGUCAGAGGAAAGAGGUCUUCCUCCAGGCCACGCUCCACAGCACUGAGCCCAACCUGAGGCUAAUUGUAGAUACCUGUGUGGCUUCUCCAGAUCCCCGUGAUUUCACAACUGUCAAGUAUGAUUUGAUCCAGCAAGGGUGCAUCAAAGACAAUACCUAUGUCAACCUCCAUUCCCACCAGAAGAACGUGGCCCAGUUCAAAUUCAACGCCUUCAGCUUUCUCACCAGCUACGAUGUUGUCUACCUGCAGUGUAAGGUCACCGUGUGCAAAGCGGGGGAUCGUUCUUCCCGCUGCUCCCAGGGCUGUGCGGGGCGGAGCAAGAGGGGUGCAGGCCCCAGGGAGGCCGCAGGGGAGCAGGUGGAGCAUUUCCAAAUGGUGGGACCACUGGAAAUCCACAGAGGAACUGGGCAGAGCAAGACCCUCGUGUGAUUUAUCCAGUUUUCACACGAAUCUGUUAGAAAUUAGAAAUGAAAUCUGUUUCUCUUCAGUAAAAUAGUAAGUUUGACAAAACAGAGAAUGUCCACAUAGAGACAGGUAAAAGAAACAGCUAAAGAUUGAUAAAUAAUCUUCUCUGAUCUCCAAACUUCUGAGGCAGUCACUCCCUUGGCAAGGUAGGAAUGUUGCAUUUUCUAAUUCUUCACUGUCAAGAACUUGAUCUUGUCUUAAACAGUACAGAAUGCCAUGACGAACAGUUACCUCUCUAUACCGCAUUGCCACCUUAAACAUUUUUUUCAAUUGACUCUUUGAUAUUCAGAUGCUGUUAGCUGGGUCCUUUUGUUUCUGCGGUGUGAGAAUUUACCUGCAGAUCUUGCCAAGAGUCUUAUAAAAAAUAAACUGAGUAUCUGUCAGGA